ACCAAAAUCACAAGACAUCUUCUCCUCUGUUUUCUCCUCCUCCAUUUUCUGGAACCUUGGAAUUUCCCCUCCAAAAUUCUGAGAACAGCUCCUCUCUGUCUUUGCAUUUUUGUAAUAUUGUAAAGUUUGUGUGUGCAUAGGAAGCAAACAUCAUGCCUUUUUGCGAGGUAGCUAAACACCAGGCCAGUUUAUAUGAUGGAGUUGAUGCUGCUAGUGCUAACAAUAAUGGCAUCAAAAUUUUUUACAGAACUCAUGGUCAUGGAACCACAAAAGUUCUUCUCAUUAUAGGAUUUGCUGGGACAAAUGAUUCGUGGGGUCCACAAAUAAAGGCACUUACAGGGAAAGAGAUUUCCAAUGAUGAUGAUGGAAUGAGAGGCGUUGAUCAAUCAGAUUAUAAUGGGGAAGAUGGCUAUGGUGGUAACGGUGUUCAAGUUUGUGCCUUUGAUAAUCGUGGUAUGGGAAGGAGUUCUGUGCCCACCAAAAAUUCUGAAUAUUCAACAAAAAUAAUGGCAAAAGAUGCAAUUGCUUUGAUGGAUCAUCUGGGUUGGAGAAAAGCUCAUGUAUUUGGCCAUUCAAUGGGUGCUAUGAUAGCUUGCAAGUUAGCAGCAAUGGUGCCGGACAGAGUUCUAUCUUUGGCAUUACUUAAUGUAACUGGUGGAGGUUUCGAAUGUUUACCAAAGCUUGACCGUCAAACAAUAUCUGUUGCUAUCCGUUUGUUUAAGGCAAAGACUCCAGAGCAAAGGGCUGCUGUUGACUUGGACACUCACUACACAAAGGAAUAUCUUGAUGAGUAUGUUGGGUCUAGCACAAGAAGAGCAGUCUUGUAUCAAGAAUACGUCAAAGGUAUAUCAUCAACUGGAAUGCAGUCUAGUUAUGGUUUUGAUGGUCAAGUCAAUGCUUGCUGGACGCAUAAGAUGACACGAACAGAAAUUGAAUUAAUCAGAUCUGCUGGAUUUCUUGUAUUGGUCAUACAUGGCAGGCAUGAUAUCAUUGCUCCGAUAUAUUAUGCAAGGAGGCUUGCAGAGAAGUUGCUGCCUGUUGCUAGAAUGGUUGAUCUCCACGGUGGGCAUCUAGUGAGUCAUGAGAGGACCAAAGAGGUAUUCCUACUAUCUUAUAUAGAGAUAUGGCAUGACUUCACCAUUUCAUUACAGCACAGCGACAGUUCUGCAAUAGAGAAUUCCAUGGUUGAGAUUACCACCAUAAGCAUGCUGUGGUAUAUUAUUUCCUCUUUUCUGUGGAUGAGGAAAGAAAAGGGAGAUGGUCCGAAGGGCACCUUAUUGCCAACUUCUGAAUUCCCAUUGAUUCCUGGCCUGCACCAUCCUAAAUUCCCUUCUAGAAGGGAUGCCUAUCUCCUCGGCAAUGAAUUUUCAACUUUAUUUUCAUUAAAGCAGUUGAAGAUAGCGAAUGCAUCUAGAAACCUUCGUGAUCAGAAUCCAGGUGGUCAGGGAGAGGAACGUUAUUAG